AUGAAGGGUGGUGCAGUUAUAUUGAUUGUUGUGGUAGCCAUGGCUCACUUCAUGGUGAAGCCAGGAGAGGCAGUGGUGAGUUGUGGACAAGUGGAGUCAUCAUUGGGUGCAUGCAUGCAGUAUCUCAUUUCAGGCAACAAUCUUACACCGGCUUGUUGUGAAGGAGUGAAGAAUUUGAAGGCAAUUACUCCGACCACCGCGGACCGACAAACGGCGUGCAACUGCCUCAAACAAGCUGCAGCUAAAUUCCCAAACAUAAUCCCAGAUGCAGCCUCCUCUCUUCCUCAGAAAUGUGGGGUUGACACCAGCAUUCCCAUCUCCAAGAACAUCGACUGCACCAAGGUUAACUGA